UCCCGCCCACCAUGCCAGCCCCCGGGAUGGGUGUCCCCAGAGGGUGCCGGGUGCUGGCGUGGGCCCUGGCGGCCCUGCUCUUGGUGCAGAAGGCAGAGACCCAGGGCGGCGAGGAACUGAGCUGGGCAGGUGCAGAGGCUGCCAUGGAUGGUCAGAGGGAGGCCUUUGCCCAGCAGAUGAUCUUCAUCCCACCCGUCACUGUCUUUCCCACCAUGAGCCCUGUGAACCCAGCGCACAACGGGCGGGUGUGCAGCACCUGGGGAGACUUCCACUACAAGACCUUCGAUGGCGAUGUCUUCCGCUUCCCCGGCCUCUGCAACUACGUCUUCUCCGCACACUGCGGGGCGGCCUACGAGGACUUCAACAUCCAGCUCCGCCGUGGCCUGGCCGGCUCCAAGCCCACCAUCACCCAUGUUGUCCUCAAGACCCAGGGGCUGGUCCUGGAGAUCUCCAACGGCUCCAUCCUCAUCAAUGGGCAACAGGAGGAGCUGCCCUACAGCCGUGCUGGCCUCCUGGUGGAGCAGAGCAGCGUCUACGUCAAAGUCAACGUCCGGCUGGUGCUGACCUUCAUGUGGAAUGGGGAGGACAGUGCCCUGCUGGAGCUGGACCCCAAGUAUGCCAACCAGACGUGCGGCCUAUGUGGGGACUUCAAUGGGCUGCCGGCCAUCAAUGAGUUCUACGCCCACAACACCAGGCUGACCCCUCUACAGUUCGGGAACCUGCAGAAGCUGGACGGGCCCAUGGAGCAGUGCCAGGACCCCCUGCCCUCCCCAGCCGACAACUGCACAGACGAGGAGGGCAUCUGCCGCCGCACCCUGCUGGGCCUGGCCUUUGCCCAGUGCCAUGGGCUGGUGGACGCCGACGUGUAUGUGGCUGCGUGCACCCAGGACCUGUGCCGCUGCCCUACCUGCCCAUGUGCCACCUUCGCUGAGUACUCCCGCCAGUGUACCCACGCAGGGGGCCAGCCACAGAACUGGAGGGGCCCUGACCUCUGCCCCCGGACAUGCCCUCUCGACCUGCAGCACCAGGAGUGCGGCUCACCCUGCACGGACACCUGCUCCAACCCCGACCACUCCCAGCUCUGUGAGGACCACUGCGUCGACGGCUGCUUCUGCCCCCCAGGCACGGUGCUGGACGACGUCAGCCACGCGGGCUGCCUGCCCCUGGAGCAGUGCUCCUGCACCCACAGCGGCCGCACCUACGCCCCGGGGGCCUCCUUCACCACAAGCUGCAGCUCCUGCACCUGCUCCAGUGGGGUGUGGCAGUGCCAGGACCUCCCGUGCCCGGGCACCUGCUACGUCCAGGGCGGCUCUCACAUUUCCACCUACGAUGAGAAACUCUACAACGUGCACGGAGACUGCAGCUACAUCCUGUCCAAGACAUGUGCAGACAGCGGCUUCACCGUGCUGGCCGAGCUGCGGCAAUGCGGCCUGACAGACAACGAGAACUGCCUCAAGACGGUGACGCUCAAGAUGACCAGUGGUGGGGACACGGUCAUCCAGAUCCAGGCCAAUGGCGGGGUGUUCAUGAACUCCAUCUACACUCAGCUGCCCGUGUCAGCAGCCAACAUCACCAUCUUCAGGCCCUCAUCCUUCUUCAUCCUGGUGCAGACGGGCCUCGGGCUGCAGCUGCAGGUGCAGCUGGUGCCCCUCAUGCAGGUGUACCUCAGGCUGGACCCCUCCUACCGAGGCCAGAUGUGCGGCCUGUGUGGGAACUUCAACCAGAACCAGGCCGACGAUUUCCGGAUCCUUGGAGGCGUGGUGGAGGGCACAGCCGCCGCCUUCGCCAACACCUGGAAGACCCAGGCCGCCUGCCCCAAUGUCAAGAACAGCUUCGAGGAUCCCUGCUCCCUCAGCGUGGAGAAUGAGAACUUCGCCCAGCACUGGUGCUCGCUGCUGACUGACCCUACUGGUGCCUUCUCGCCUUGCCACUCCAUCGUCAACCCUGCUCCCUUCCACUCAAACUGCCUGUUCGACACGUGCAACUGUGAGAAGAGCGAGGCCUGCAUGUGUGCAGCUCUGUCCUCCUAUGUGUGGGCCUGUGCCGCCAAGGGCGUGCUGCUCCAUGGCUGGAGGGACGGCGUCUGCACCAAGUAUAUGAGCAGCUGCCCAAAGUCCCAGAACUACACCUAUGUGGUGGACAGCUGCCAGCCCACCUGCCGCAGCCUGAGCCAGGCUGACGUCACUUGCGGCAUCGCUUUCGUGCCCGUGGAUGGCUGCACCUGCCCCUCAGGCACCUUCCUGGAUGACACCAGCACCUGUGUGCCCGCUGAGGCCUGUCCCUGCUACUUCCGUGGCUCCGUGGUGGCUCCAGGAGAGGUUGUGCAUGACGACGGCGUGGUGUGCUCGUGUGUGAGUGGGAAGCUGAGCUGCCUGGGAGCAGAGGAACAGAGGAGUACAGGGUGCGUGGCCCCCAUGCUGUACCUGGACUGCACAAAUGCCUCGGCGGGCACGCCGGGGGCCGAGUGCCUCAGGAGCUGCCAUGUGCUCGACGUGGACUGCUUCAGCACCCACUGCGUGUCCGGCUGCGUCUGCCCCCCGGGACUGGUGUCGGACGGGAGCGGGGGAUGCGUGGCCGAGGAGGACUGCCCCUGUCUGCACAACGAGGCCACCUACAAGCCCGGGGAGACCAUCAGGGUGGACUGUAACACCUGCACGUGCCGGAACCGCAGGUGGGAGUGCAGCCACCAGCCCUGCCUGGGCACCUGCGUGGCCUAUGGGGACGGCCACUUCAUCACCUUCGACGGCGAGCGCUACAGCUUUGAAGGGAGCUGCGAGUACACCCUGGUCCAGGACCACUGUGGGGGCAAUGGCACAGCCAACGGGACUUUCCGCAUCGUCACCGAGAACGUCCCCUGUGGGACCACAGGCGUCACCUGCUCCAAGACCAUCAAGCUCUUCCUGGAGAACUAUGAGCUGAUCCUCCACGAGGGCACCUACAAGGUGGUGCAAAGGGGGCCAGGCAGAGACCUGCCCUACAGGAUCCGGUACAUGGGUAUCUACCUAACCAUCGAGACCCGCAGUGGCAUGGUCGUGUCCUGGGACCGGAAGACCAGCGUGUUCAUCCGGCUGCGCCAGGAUUACAAGGGGAGGGUCUGCGGGCUGUGUGGGAACUUCGACGACAACGCCAUCAAUGACUUCACCACGCGGAGCCAGUCUGUGGUGGGCAACGCGCUGGAGUUCGGCAACAGCUGGAAGUUCUCCCCGUCCUGCCCGGAUGCCCCAGCCCCCAAGGACCCCUGCACCGCCAACCCGUACCGAAAGUCCUGGGCCCAGAAGCAGUGCAGCAUCAUCAACAGCGCCACCUUCGCCACCUGCCGUUCUCAGGUCGACUCCACCAAGUACUACGAGGCCUGCGUGAGCGACGCGUGCGCCUGCAACUCGGGGGGCGACUGCGAGUGCUUCUGCACGGCCGUGGCCGCCUACGCCCAGGCCUGUCGCGACGUGGGCGUGUGCGUGUCCUGGCGGUCCCCGGACGUCUGCCCCCUCUUCUGCGACUACUACAACCCACACGGGGAGUGCGAGUGGCACUACGAGCCAUGCGGGGCGCCCUGCCUGAGGACCUGCCGGAACCCCAGCGGGCACUGCCUGGUGGACCUGCCCGGCCUGGAAGGCUGCUACCCGCGGUGCCCGCCCGGCAGACCCUUCUUCAGUGAGGACGAAAUGGAGUGCGUGGCCCAGUGCGGCUGCUAUGACGAGGACGGCAACUACCACGAGGUCGGCGCCAGGGUCCCCACGGCUGAGAACUGCCAGAGCUGUGAAUGCACCCCUAAUGGCAUCCAGUGCAUACAUAGCCUCGAGGCCUGCAGGUGCACCUAUGAGGGCAAGACCUAUGGCUAUGAGGAGGUCAUCUACAACACGACCGAUGGGCUGGGUGCCUGCCUGCUCGCCAUCUGUGGAAACAAUGGAACCAUCAUCCGGAGCGUCGUGGAAUGUCCCGGAACUCUGUCCACGACGCCCUUCACCUUCACCACCACCGCGGCCCCUCCCUCCACGACAGGCUCAGCCCCCACUCUCUCCACUGUGUGUGUGCAAAAGCAGUGCCGCUGGUCCGAGUGGUAUGACAGCGGCCGUCCAGAGCCGGACAUGGGAGGGGGAGACUUCGAGACGUUUGCAAACCUGAAGCAGAGGGGCCACCAGGUCUGCCCGGCCCCCGUGGAGAUUGAGUGCCGGGCGCAGCGGCUCCCCAACACGCCCCUGCAGGAGCUGGGCCAGAAGGUGGAGUGUGACCUGGCUCGGGGGCUCACGUGCCUCAACAGCGAGCAGAGUCCCCCGCUCUGCCACAACUACGAGUUGCGGGUCCUCUGCUGUGACUAUGUGCCUUGUGGUACCUCCCCGGCCCCGGGCACCAGCCCUGGGCCCUCCCCCAGUGUCACUGCCCAGGUGUCAACCCUCAAGUCCCUGCCCACCUCCACCUGGACCACGCCAACGAGAGAAACCCCCCUCCAGUCGACAGUGGCCUCCACCUCGCAGACCCGCCCUACCGUGCCUGCCACCACUGCCCAGACAGGCAGCAGCUCCUCGACCCUGGCUGCCACCACCUGUCAGCCCAAAUGUCAGUGGACAGAGUGGUUCGAUGAGGAUUAUCCCACAUCUGAGAAGGCUGGGGGGGACAUCGAGUCAUACGACAAGAUCAGGAGUGCGGGAGGAGCCGUGUGUGAGCAGCCGCAGGACAUAGAGUGUGAGGCCGAGAACUUCCCCACAGUGAGACCAGAGGAGCUGGGCCAGCGAGUGCACUGCCACCCCAGCUUCGGCCUGGUCUGCAGGAACCAAGAGCAGCCGGGCCUGUUCAAGAUGUGCUACAACUACAGGAUCCGAGUGCUGUGCUGCAGCAACAGCCACUGCAGGGGACCUGCCUCCGCCACCACCACCGCCACCACCGCUGCCACUGCCACCACUACCACCAUUGCCACCAGCACCGCCACUGCCACCAACACCAGCACCACGGCCACUGUUCCCACCACGGCCACUGUUCCCACCACCCCCGCCACUGCCACCUCCACCACCACCACUGCCACCACUGUCAUCUCCACUGCCACUGCCAAUAUCGCCACCACGGCCACCACUGCCAUCACCACCACGGCCGUGGCCGCCACUGCCACCUCCAUUGCCACCAGUGCCACUGCCUCCACCACCAGGAUUGCCACCACCGCCUCUACUACCACCAUCACUCCUGCCAGCACCAGCACCACUGCCAUGGCCUCCACUGGCACUACCACCACUGUGCCACCAGCCACAGAGCCAGGGACAUGGCUAGGGAGUAGCCCAGAGGUGACUACAGCAGUGCCUUUCCUCUCGACAGGAUCAGCAUCCCGAGCAACAUCCUCCAACCCCAGCCACACAGACACACUCUUGACGUCUGCCACCAGCAGCCCCAGGUCUCCUCCAGGCUCCACAAAGCCCACCACCCCAGGGGGAGCCACGUCAGUCCUUCCAACUCGCACAACCCUGCAGGGCACCACAGAGGGCACCUCACAGGGAUCUACCUCCAGGCCUCGCCUGCCUACAGAAGCACCAACCAGCACAACCCGCACCGUUUCAACCAGCCCGCCAUCCACCUCACACACCAGGACAAGCACAUUGAGAACAGAGACGCCGAAAGUAACCCUGGUACCAACAGCCGUGACUGAGACCACCACCAGCCAGGGCACAACCAGCUGUCAGCCCAAGUGCGAGUGGACAGAGUGGUUUGACGUGGACUUCCCCACCUCGGGGGUCAUGGGCGGAGACAUGGAGACCUACGAAAACAUCAGGGCUGCAGGGGGUAGGAUGUGUGCGGAGCCGCAGAAGAUAGAGUGCCGGGCCGAGAACUACCCCGAGGUGAGCCUGGACCAGAUUGGGCAGGUGCUCAGCUGCAGCCUGGAGGCCGGGCUGGUGUGCAGGAACGAGGACCAGCAGGGACGCUUCAACAUGUGCUUCAACUACAACAUCCGCGUGCUCUGCUGUGACGACCGCAGCCACUGCCCCAGCACCGCCGCCCCCAGCCCCAGCAGCACCGCUACGGGGUUCCCGACAUCCGAGGGGCCAGGACUCUCAACUUCGGCCACCACCCAGACGCGACUGCCCUCUCCAACGACCCAGCGCACAACCGCCAGGCAGGCUUCCUCCACAGCCCACCUGCAGACCUCCCACAUAGGGACCACGACCGGGUCCCCUCCCAUCGGGCCCACUUCUGCGACCACGCUCCUCUCCAGCCCCUCACAGCCCGGCUCCGUGACGCCCACCCCGACUGUGUCCUCCACCGAGGCCUGCAAGUGCGCAUGGACACGCUGGUUUGACGAGGACUACCCCACACCUGGCCAUGCAGGGGGGGACUUUGAGACCUACGCCAACAUCCGGGCGGCCGGCGAGGACAUCUGCGAGCAGCCCUUGCGCCUGGAGUGUCGGGCUGAGAUGUGGCCUGACGUCCCCGUGCAGGAGCUGGGCCAGGUGGUCCAGUGCGACGUGAGCGUCGGCCUGGUGUGCCGCAACCGUGACCAGAGUGGCCCCAUCAAGCUGUGCCUCAACUACCACAUCCGCGUGUUCUGCUGCGACUACAGCCACUGCCCUGGCACCCCGGCCACCACCACAGCGACUCCUCCAGCGACCAGUCCGGGACUGACCUCACUAACGGCCACCAGCACCACGGCCCGACCCCCGACCAUCCCCAGCCCCACGAGCCCCAACACACACCCCACCACAGCGACCUCUGGGUGCCAGCCUGCCUGCCACUGGACUGACUGGCUGGACAGUGACCGGCCCAAGCCUGGCCCCUAUGGGGGUGACACUGAGACCUACUACCACAUCUUGCGCACUGGAGGCCAGCUCUGCUCUGAGCCGGUGGCCAUCGAGUGCCAGGCCGUCCUCUUUCCAGAAGUGCCCUUCAGGCAGCUGGGCCAGGUGGUGAAGUGUGACGUGGAUUACGGGCUCAUCUGCAGAAAUAAGUGGCAGAGUGGGGGCGAGACUUGCCUCAACUACCACAUCCGCGUGCGCUGCUGUGACGACUACAGCCACUGCGCCAGCUCGGCCGUCCCUGCGACCACCACACUGUCCCCCAGACCGUCCACGACCAGCGCCAGCACGGGCAGGCAGUCAUCCGGAGUGUCAGGAGUCUGGAGCACAGCCACGACCCAGGUGUACCUCUCCUCUCCAGGGACCACCGAGAGGCUCUCCAUCCACACCAGCCAGACAGGUCCUUCCUCCCCUUCGACUACUGGGAGAGUCUUCAUCUCCAGUUCCUCUGCCUCCCCCAGGACCCAGACCAGAACUGCCACGCCAGGCUUGCCCAGCGCCCCUCCCUCUCCCCCCUUGGUGACCUCCCACAUGUGGACCACCGCGGCAAUCUCCAGCAGCCUGCCACACUUCAGCGUGUCCACCGCAUCCCCCUCCAUCCUCACUACCCCUGGGCCCACCGCCUUUCCCAGCCCGCUCAUCUCCACCACAGCCUGCCUCUGCCGGGCGUUUGGACAGCUCUUCUCACCUGGAGAUGUGAUCUACAAUAAGACAGACAGUGCCGGGUGCCAGUUCUACGCCAUCUGCAACCAGCGCUGUGACAUUGACCGCUUCCAGGGCAGCUGCCCCACCUCCUCACCCUCAGAGACCUCAGUGACCCUGACCUCCCCGGUUCCCGGCUGCGAUCUCAUCGACCCUCCCCGACAGGUGAACGAGUCCUGGACCCUGGAGAACUGCACGGUGGCCAGGUGUGAGGGCGAGAACCACAUUGUCCUGCUGGAGCCGAAGCCUGUGGCCAACAUCACCUGUGUGAAUGGGCACCUGCCCGUCAAAGUGUGGAGCGAGAAUGAGCGCUGCACCUACCACCUGGAGUGCGAGUGCUCCUGCAGCGGCUGGGGGCACUCGCACUACAAGACCUUCGACGGCACCUCCUACUCCUUCAGGGACAACUGCACCCACGUGCUCAUGAGGGAGAUCCGCCCGCUGUAUGGGAACCUCAGCAUCUACAUCAACAACUACUACUGUGGGGCCACUGAGGCCACCACCCACUGCCCCCGCGCCCUUAUCGUCCACUACAAGUCCAUGGAGAUCAUCCUCACCACCACCACAGGCACUGACGGGCAGGAGCAGAGCCUGAUCCUGUUUGACCAAAGGCGGGUGAGUGAGGUCUUCAGCAAGAAUGGUGUGAACGUGUCGGUGACAGGGACCACCAUGAUGCACAUCGACAUUUCUGCCAUCCUCGUGAGCAUCUCCUUCGACGGGCACAUCUUCCAGGCCCGGCUCUCCUACAGCCACUUCAGCCACAACACCGAGGGCCUGUGUGGUACCUGCACCAACAGCCAAACUGAUGACUGCCGCCGGCCAGAUGGCACCAUGGCCCCCACCUGCAAGGACAUGGCCAGCUCCUGGCUGGUCCCCGACAGCAGCAAGGAGGGCUGCCAGACACCACCUCCAACCACCAGCCCCCUGCCUCACACCCCCACCACGCCCACCUCCCCUCCUUGCGCCCCAGCACCCCUCUGCAAGCUGCUGCUGAGCCAGGUCUUCGCCGAGUGCCACAGUCUCAUCCCGCCCGGCCCGUUCUUCAGCACCUGUGUCAGCGACGGCUGCCAGACCAGCCACCCCAACGUGUCCUGCCAGAGCCUGGAGGCCUACGCGGCGCUCUGCCACGCUCGGGGCGUGUGCAGCAACUGGCGCAAUGCCACUGCCGGGCUGUGCGAGCUCACCUGCCCACCCACCAAGGUGUACAAGUCAUGUGGCCCCGUGCAGCCCGAGGCCUGCAACUCCAGGAGCCAGAGCCCAGUGCGCAAGGGGCUGGCAGAGGGCUGCUUCUGUCCUGAUGGCCACAUCCUCUUCAACUCCUACACGGACAUCUGUGUGCCCCAGUGCCCCUGCGUGGGACCGGAUGGGUUUCCCAAAUUUCCUGGAGAGCGGUGGGUCAGCAACUGCCUGGCCUGCGUAUGCGACAAGGACUCUGUGUCGGUGCAGUGUGUCCCUGUGCAGUGCAAGGCCCAGGACCAGCCCCUGGAGUGCAGCCGGGCUGGCUUCCUGACCAUCACCAGGCCCUUGGCGGACAACCCGUGCUGCCAGGAGACGCUGUGCAUCUGCAACGUGACCACCUGCCCCCAGAGCCCACUCACGUGUGGGCCAGGAUUGGAGCUGACCCUCACACAGAGGGAGGGCGACUGCUGCCCCACCUUCUAUUGCACACCUAAGCUGUGCACCUACAACGGCACCUUCUAUGGGGUCGGUGCGACCUUCCCAGGGGUCACGCCCUGCCACAAAUGCACCUGCCUAUCCGUGGACACGGGGAACCUGACCGUGCAGUGUGAGGAGAACACCUGCAACACCACCUGCCCCCAGGGCUUCGAGUACUCAGAGGUGGCCGGGCAGUGCUGUGGGGAGUGUGUGCAGACAGCCUGCCUCACGCCCAGCGGUGGGCUGGUCCAGCCCAACGACACCUGGGUCAACAGCCCCGUGGACAACUGCACUGAGUACCACUGCCAGGCUGAGAAUGGGCUCCUCGUGCUGACACCUAGGCCCAUGUCCUGCCCCAUCGUGUCCAGCUGCAGGGGCGUCCUCCAGAAACGCGGCUGCUGCUACUCCUGCGAGGAUGAUUCCUGCCGGGUCCGCGUUCAAAGAAAGGCGCUGCGGCUCGGGGACUGCGUCAGCCCGGCGCUCGUCAACGUCCCCUUCUGCGAGGGCUCCUGCCUGGGCGUGUCCGUGUACUCCCUGGAGGCCCAGGCCAUGCAGCACGAGUGCACCUGCUGCCAGGAGAAGAGGGCCCACCAGGAGGUGGUGACCCUGCAGUGUCCCGAUGGGACAACCAUCCAGUACACCUACAUCCACGUGGACGCGUGCAGCUGCACCCCGGGCUGCGCCCCCUCACCCGAGGCUCCAGAGGACAGCACUCCCAUCCUCCUGCUCUAGGAGGCCACCACUGCCGGUCGUCAUUCUGCCCCCGUCCCACACGCCCUCCAUGUCUGGAGGCAGAACAUGCCCAGCCCAAGCACGGAAACCUGGGGCGGGGCAGGGAGGGUCUGCUUGAGGACGGCACCCGGCGGGGCCCUGCCCCUGGAGCCCCUCUGGCCCGUCUUGGUCACCUGCCCGGCCAUCAGGGCCUGCCCCUCAGUGGAAACACAAAUACCCAUUCCACCCAGACUCACCCCUUCCUGGUGUCAGAGAGCACCCUGGAGCAAAACCACACAUCCACCACUGCGCAGCUCCCCACUGCGGGCCUGGGUGCCCCCAUCUCUCCUCGAAGCUCCGUGGGGCACAGAUUCCCGCAGCAGACUGAGGACUGAGGCCUGUCCAGGCAAGGCUGGCUGCCUCCAAGAGGUGGUGUCACAUAGGGUGGCUGCCUGCCCAUGACCUGGACCUGAAGCUGUGACAGCUGAGGGGCAGGCGGGGAGGGGUGGGCACCACACAGCACCCCCUCCACCCACCCAGUUUCAAUCUUGCAAAUAAAUGCUGAGC